CACCCAAUGACGGCGAGGAGUCCUCUCGCACAUAACCAUCCCUGCAUGGGAUUCGAACCUGCGAACCCACGCAGAGUAAUUAGAGGUGCGGUGGCGAGCUUAUUCCCAACGCUUAGCCCGUUGAUCCGCAGCUACAAUAUUAAUGACGAUGUGCUACUACUAGAUGCGAAUCUGCGUUUUUACACAUGGGUAUCGUGAAAUCACUUCAGCCUUUAUGAGAUGGCAAACCAGUAACCAACAGCCCACAAGGUUACGGUACACAUCCUUGUUUUUCAUUACAGCACUAGGCUAUUAUUUCUCAAAUCAUCCGAAAGGUUGCAUGUGCAAUACAUUUUUUUAAAUGCUUGUCUAGUUGAUGAUAGUUUUCCUCUCUUUUUGUAUUCAUUGCAGAUAAGUUUUUAACUAGAUUUAAAAAUGGAUGAAACCCAAAAUCCUGAACAAGAUACUGAUCAGGGAUGGGUUACUGAAACAUCCAUAAACGCUUUGAAUAAUAUAAAAUUAUUCGAGAAGGCAAAAGUAGAAACUGAAUCACUAGAAGGUCUGGACAAUGUGCAGGAUGAACACUCUUCUGAAAUUGUGAAAAAUGUCAAUGAAACUGAAAAAACUUUGAAACAUCCUACGAUGAAAAGAAGUAUAUAUGAAAGGCAUUACAGCAAUUCAUUGGCAGACAUUGUGAAAAAUGUCGAUGAAACUGAAAAAAUCUUCGGAAAUAAAAGAGUAAAAAACACAAGAAGAAUAAAACGUAAAAGUCAACCAAGACGUCACGAAAUAGCAAGUAAUGACAAUGAUAGUCGCUUUGUCUGCAAGAUUUGCGGAGAAGUGUCCGUGAACCAGCGAGCUUUGGAUUCCCAUCAACGUAUCCACACAAAACCAUUUAAAUGUGAAUUUUGCAAGAAAUGUUUCGAAGGUGCUUGGCGGUUGAGAUAUCAUUUGAAAAUACAUACAAAUGAAAAACCGUUUUCAUGUGAAUUAUGUGGGAAAAGCUUUAGGUAUCGAUAUAAAUUACGUAAUCAUAUUGCUAAUCACGAAGCACCAUACAAAUGUGAACUAUGUGAAAUGGAGUUUUCUCUAAAGGCAACUUUGAAAAGACAUGUUUUGAAUCGCCCAAAAAACCUGGAAAAUCAUACUUGUUUAACAUGUGGAAUCUCAUUUUGUCGUAGAAUAAACUUCAAUAAUCAUAUGGUCUGUCACAGCAAUAUAAGACCAUAUCCAUGUGAAAUAUGUGGGGCAGAUUUUAAAACUAAACCAGCCUUGAACAUGCACAAAAACUGUCAUUCAAGAAAACAAAUUCGAUGCGAAAUUUGUAAUGAAAGUUAUAUAUAUAAAGAUUAUUUGGACCGCCAUAUGCAGUCUGAACAUGGAUCAAAAAGAAAAGAUGGAAAUAACGCGAGCACUUCUUCCAUAAUUUCUAGUCCAAAGUCUGUGAAAAGUGAAGGCAAAGUUGGAAACUCUCAAAGUGGAAUAAAUAACGCGAGCCCUUCUUCCAUAACUUGUAGUACAAAGUCUGUGAAAAGUGAAGGCAAAGUUGGAAACUCUCAAAGUGGAAUAAAUAACGCGAUCCCUUCUUCCAUAACUUCUAGUACAAAGUCUGUGAAAAGCGAAGUCAAAUUUGGAAACUCUCCAAGUGGAAUGAAUCUAUUGAAUGUAAUAAAGGAAGGAAUAAUUUUCAAACCUAUCAAACUGAAAAAAGUAGAAUAAGAUUUUCAUAUUUGUCUCAGGGGAGAGACCACGUGCUGACAAGAAGUCCACGAUUCUGAAAAUAAAUGAUUCGCAAACUAGUCCCAUACUCCCAUACCCAACAUAGACUGGUAAUCGAAGGAGAGGCCGUGGUUCGCCAUAUGAUUAAACGAUUUUAUCGGCGUUACUCUCCCCGGAAUAAAGACCAUGACUUCUCGUCCAGUUGCCGGUCCUUGCUCCAUGUAGAAUUAGUUAGCCAUUAAUCAGCGUCAGAUGCAUGGACUUGAACCAGUUGAUUAGUUCUGUGGACUAAGGCUGUCGAGUCUGAGUUCGGUAUGUUUUCAAGUCUAAUUCACAAUUUUUGUCAAGAUCUCGCCACAGUAUAUAUUUUCAAAUUUGAUUUUUUUAUACGCGUUCCUAUAAGUCUAUCAAUAAAGGUGACAGAGUCGAAAGCUGUUUAAACCUCCAUCAACCUGUAGCCAUCAGCUUAUGCCUGAGUCGAUUCGGAGGCAAAGUAAAAUGGAAUCAUGAUUCUAUUGAUUGACUCGACCUAAGGCUCUAAUAACUAGGGCUGGGAAUUUCAGGGUAACUUUAACGGUUAUCCGGGUAAAAUUAACCGCAUCGUGACGUUUCACGGAAUAAUUUAUAAUUUCAACUUGUUACGCCACAAUGCUUACAACACAAUUUCGUGUGAUCUUAUCCUGGUAUCGCUCAAAAUUUUUAUGAAUCGAGUUAGUUUCAUGAUCGCUCUGCUGCAAGAAAUAUGCAGCGUGCUUCUGGCAUAUAUAUGGAAGUAUUUUGGUAAAACCCGAUUCCGUUAUUAAAUCCUAUUUAUGUGACAAAUUCCACUUUGAGAUAUUAUAAUAAAAAACAGCAUCAACUGCGCACUUGUUUGAAGACAUUAAAUAUACGAUUCUGCAAUAAAAUCGUGAACAAUAUACGGUACUUCGACCGAAAACUGAUUCUGAAUUAGUCAUUGUCCAAUUUUCAUAAUCAGCAAUCUUAUUAAUACUUCAAUUAUUUUUCACAUUUGUUUGGUAAUUACCAAUACAGUUGAAGAUAUUCUCUUAAAUUAAGUAAUCAUUUUUGAAAAAAUUGGACAUUAUAAAUAUGAUUUGUACCCGGGUUGCAGUUAACGAUUAAAAUAAAUCAUAACCGUGAACGAUCUGAAAUCGGUUAACCAUUCCCAGCCCUACUGAUAACCUUUUCUUGCGGUUCAGAUACUUCUGCUUAUAAUCGAUAUAGUACAUUUUUUAUUUUAUUUAGAACAUAUUUUCAUUAGAAAAUUUUGUGUGUGGCGUUUUUGACAUCUGAUUAUUUUCUUAUUUGACCUCUGACUUCGAACUACCUCCUACCCUCUACUACCUUCAAAAUUUUUACUUUAUCUUCAAUCUCUACAAACCUGGGCUGUUGAUCAUGAAACAUACCUAAUUAACGUUGAAUUGAUGAAAAUGAAAACUCUAAAAUCUCUAGGAUUGUUAGUGGCAUUAAUUCUCAGUUACUAUAGACAAUUUUUGGUUUGAUUAUCACCAUUAAAAGUCUGAGAUUUCUACUCUGUGGUUUUUGAAAAACUGCUUCAAUGAAAACUUACUAAAUUCAACAGCCCUGUGUUAUUUGUGCGAAUUUCCUUGUUUAGCGUAAUUUCAAUUUAUGAUAUAAUUCAACUGAAGAUCCACCUGUGAUCAUAUGAAGAUCCUUUCCACCCUGUUAAUCUUGGAAUGGCGAAAAACUGUUUGAUAAGAUAUCCCCAAACCUUAAUACUCAAAAAGAUCAUUUCAAAAUAUAUUAGAGCACUGGCCCACAAACCUAUUAAAAAUUGCUAGAGUUGUUGAUAAAUUUGAUUUUCCUACAGUGUGGGAAUUUCUUUCUAUUUUAAAGUGGUAGUGUUUUUAUUUUUGCGAAAAUAAUUUUUAUUUUUUUUUAUACUUGAAUGGAAAAGUUAAUAGGCCACAGAAUAUUUGUGCUACAAAAGUGGGCCAUGAAAGAAAAAGGGUUGAGAACCUCUGUAUUAAAGACUGUAAAUAUUCCAGUCUGGUAGACAAAUCCAACUCGUGAUCUUGGUGGUAAUCACAACAAUUUUAACCGGACCUCCUGAAGUAUGCGCACCAAGAUGGCGCACAACCUGAACUCAGGUUGUGUACCCGGUUAGGGUUCAGGUUGUGUGACAUCUUGGUGCGCAUACUUCAGAAGUACCUUCUAACCUUUCUAUUAUUCUAAAAACUUACCAUUUACAUUACAUUUUUACUAGA